AUGCAGCGACCAAAGCGCGCAGCCGCUUCUAAGCCCAUCAGCUACGCCGACGCCGCCCCCAGCAGCGACGACGACGGCCAGGCGCAGCGCAGCACACGCCGCCCCGCCAAGAAGCCUCGCUUGUCCACCACCGCGACCAAGGGCAAGGGCGAGGGCACAGACGCCGCCACGACAACCGCCAACCUCCUUACCGCGUCCGAGCUACACGCGCGCGGCGUCGUCAAGCAGAUGGACUCGUGCGCCCGCGAGUGUUCUCUCUCGUUCUACCACGAGCGCAACCGCACGACCUACUUCCGCCUCGAGGACGUCCAGUCGACGAACGACCGCCUCAAGCAGCUUAGAGCCAAGCUCACGGUCGCGCAGCGUCUCGCGGAGUCGUCUCGGCCGUACACGAACAGCCGCAGAAACCCUGUCGAGCAGGCCAAGGUCGACGAGACGCUCAAGAAGGCCGCUCAAGCCGUCGUCGCGGCCGAGCAGCCGCUCGGCACCUUCAUCCGGGAGCGACGCGUCCUCGCCGAGGCGGCACGCAGGGUGAGCAGCGCAUACCUUCCUCCACCUAGUCUCUCGUACUCCGAGCCGCAACCUGACUUCUGGACCCGCAUCUCGCCUACGCUCAUCGAGGCCGUCGAGGAACACAAGGUCGAGCGCGUCGCGCGCGCACUCGCCUACGUCCGCCUCGGGGCUAUGCGUGCCCAGCACGAACUCGUCCGCCGACGCCACAAGGCGCUCUUCCAGGCGCAGCAGGGCGAGGCGUUCGUCACCUGGCCGGCCUUCGAGGUCUUCCAGCUGCUGCCGACCGUCGAGCGCCACUGGAUCGGCGACGUCGUGUCGAAAACCGAGGCCGACUGGACGUCCGACUUGCCGGCCAUCCUCGCCGAGGUCGACGCCGCUCGCCGCGCCAUCAAGAUCGGGUUCGCGAGGGACGUCAUGAACAAGCUCCGUGCCACGGGCGUGUACGUCGACGAGGGCCUCGCCGUCAAGCUCGAGCAUCCGCGUCAGCGGGUCACGCCCAUCGGCGCAUCCAUGCGCUCGACGCCCAUCCCGGAUUGUCGCCACCUCGAGCGCCUGUUUCAAGCCGGCCGGGACAUCUCUGUCGACCUCGGCGACAUCGCCUCGGACGUCGACGACAGCGAGCUCGACCGCCUCUUCUCGCACCCGUCCGCCGUGUUAAAGAUCAAGGACCGGCGCAAAGAGUUCGCCACGCCGUUCCGGUACCCGCAGAUUCACGCCGAGCUGCGUGACCGCGGCGCGAUCGGCACGGCGAGCUGCGCGUCGUUCCUCUCGGCGGCCGACCUCGCCCUGUCGCGGUUCCAGGUCGACGUCCUCGCGCAUGUCGGCUUGGCCGGCCUCGCCCCGACCGACCCGACGCUCUUGACCCGAGGCCCUAUUUUUCCCUGCCUGCGCUGUAUCGCCGACGGCCGCAAGCCGUCGAUGAUGGCGAAGCUACGAGGCUGGGCCGGAACGAUGGACCACUACGACGCGGUGCACGCCUAG